UGCUUUGUGACUGAUCCGUCAAUCUUCCAAUGAACACACUCCGUCUGGCGAACCGCGCCGCCGCGAGGUCGGUGCGCCAAAUCAAGCACGGGCAGCUCCUUGGCAGUCGCGCCAUCGCCAACACGGCUGCGCGCAGCCUCGGCGUGCACGUGCCAGCGGUGCUGCGCUCGCAGGCCUCCCUUCUCAGCACAGCGAGGUCGGUCGAGCACUCUGACCAGGAGUGGACUGCGAGCGCGGCGAGCCCGCCGUUUGACCCGUCCGACGAGGCCACGGUCCAAGCGUGGACAGAGCGCUUCCUCGACGCCGUGCGUGACGUGCCGGCGGCGACGGACCCGGCUCGGAGCGCGGCGGUGCUGAGGGAGCUCGUCAAGUCGAACCUGCUCUCCUUCACGGACAUGCGCGACGCGCCCGAGAAGUUCUUCCUCGCGCACCGCCUCCUCGCCACCGUCGGCCUAGGCGGCUUUGGUGUCCGCUUCACCGUCCAGUUCAACCUGUUCGCAGGCUCGAUAGUCGGGCUGGGCGGGCCGGAGCAGGUGGCGAGCCUGCGCGACAUCCAGGCGGCGGGCCAGCUGGGCUGCUUCCUGCUGACAGAGGCGCAGGCGGGCGUGCUGUCUGGACUGAUCGUCGAGACUACCUGCGAGUGGGACGCGGGCUCGCAAGAGUUCGUCCUGCACACGCCGAGCGACAAGGCGGCCAAGAACUGGAUAUCGCAGGGGUACACGGCCGAGCGCGGCGUCGUCAUCGCAGACUUGGUCAUCGGCGGAGAGAGCCACGGGCCGCACGCCUUCCUCCUCUCGAUGCGCGACGCGGAGGGGCAGCUGCUGCCCGGCAUCACCGUCGAGGACAUGGGCACAAAGACGGUGGCGAACGACCUCGACAACGCGCGCGUCUGCUUCGACAAGGUCCGGCUGCCAAAGGACGCGAUGCUAAACAAGUUCGCGGACGUGCGAAACGACGCGUACGUGCAGACCACCGACGAGCGGAUGCGGAUCGAGGUGAUCGGCCAGCGCCUCCUCACGGGACGGCUCGCGAUCGCAGAGGCGGCCCUGGCGAGCUGCCGCGUGCUUCACCUCCGCACCGAGCAGUACGCGCGCGGCAAGGUCUGCAACGGGCUUGCGGGCGAGGUGCGCCUGUCCGAGAUGCCGCAGCUGAAGGCGGUCUUCCGCGAGUCCGAGGCGGCGCUCGAGCAGAUGGCAGCCUUCACUGCUGGCGUCGAGCAGCGGCUGAACAGCUGCCUGCGCGCAGGCACCAUCCCGGACGCGGAUCUCGUCGAUGCGAUCGCGGUGGCCAAGAUCCGUUGCAUCGACGUCGCGCUCGAGCGCGCGCACGCGCUGCGCAAGGAGGUCGGCAGCUACGCACUGAUGCACGCGACGGGGUUCGAGCUGGUCGACAUGCUGCUCUGCUGCAAGUUCGCCGAGGGGGACAGCCGCAUCCUGCAGCAGAAGCUCACCCGCGACCGGCUCAAGGCGCUGCAAAAGGGCGGCGCGGCAGCCGCCCUCUCUGGCUUGCUCGGCGAGCACCGCGCCGAGGUGUUCGCCGCGGCGAAUCUGGCUCGGAAGCUGCAGCCGGCGGGGAGGGACGUCGCCAAGCUCGCCGCCGCCAUGGACGAGCACUGGCGCGAGAUCUACGACCUCGCCGAGAUGAUUGCAGAGCGGCACAUCCGCACUGGACCGCGCGCCGCGUUUGUCGAGGGCCCUUCUGUGGAGCGGCUGACACCGGCGGCGACCGGCUUCGACGCGGACUGGAAGGGCAAGCUCGGCGCGCCCGUGGCGUGAGACGGGGGCGGCAGCUGAUGAUCACUGGUGAGAUAUAUGUGCUGAGAUAUAUAAGAUUGUGUGCGCGACGGCGGCGCACGGCCGAGUCUUUUUCUUUUCGAGCUGCGAGCUGUGUGUUCC